CUGUCCUACCAACGAGACGCUACUAGUAUCAACAACUGCAUGUUGUUUGUGCAGAAUAAAAGAUAAACAACAUCACAACCUAUAUACACAGGGUCUAAUUCGUUAGAUCUAGCUGAUGAAGAACCAGUCCUGUCUAUAAUAAGCCACUGAUCCGGGUACCUUAUCACCAGCUGUCAAAAUGAAAAAGAAAGCAAAACCAAAGUCUCUCCCUAACAACCCAGCACAAUCCCUUAAGCUAGGAGCAGGCAUGACAAAUCUUCUUGAAAAGGCAUCAAAAGACACUGAAAAACUCACUGAAGAGUAUGAAGAGGGAAAAGCCGGUCCCUCAAAGAAAAAAUCCAAUUCUGCCACAAAAGCAAGGGAGAUCAUAAAUAAAGAAAAAUUACUUAAACACUUCAAUAGUGAAGAAAUUAAAUUCUCACACAUUUCACAGGGUGCUGUUGAUAUGCUAACAUCAAAAACUCCUGUGACAAUAGAUUUCAGCCAUAUUGAAGAGGUCAAUGAUGCUGCAUUUGCUAAAAUGCUCAUCACCAAGGUUACUGAUCAAUACUCCAGCGUGAAGGGGAUAAAACUGAAUGGCUGUUGUCAUGUGACAGACCUCGGCGUGAUGUGGAUGGCUUCCUGUUUCCCAGAACUCCAAGAAGUGUCUCUGGCUGGAUGUGUGCAGGUCACAGAGACUGGACUUCAUGCUUUGGUCACCCGAUGUAAACACAUUACUGACCUCGAUCUGACUGGAACGAAUGUGUCCAUCCUGGGUUCGGGGUGUGUGGACAAGAAAAUUGUGACCGAUGGAUGUCCACUUCUUUCACCUAAUAAAAAAACCAUGGGAACGGCUCACCUGAGCGUCAUACUUAAAUCCCCUGGUUUCAUGAAGUCAGCCGAUGUUGAUUUAGUGAAAGUGGUUGUUAGCAAGCCAUUAAACUCCGCGUCCAGCUUCGUAGCCUAUCUUACCAAAGACAGCAUGAAGGAAGCCAAGACCUGCCGAAUCAAACCUGCCCACACACUCGCUCCGGGAUUCACCGCAAAUCUGUUUGAGUGUGAUAUGAGUGUCAUGGAUCAUUUCAUCUCCAAGAGGUCAUUGUGUGUCCUCCCAUAUGGUGCCGAUACUAGCAUGUCUGCCGAUACCAUAGCAACCGAUCUGUACAGAGUUGUCUCCCAUGCCUUGUCUGUGGAUUCUGGAAAUGCCUUUAUCAUUGCGGGUAUGAGUAAUGGCGGAAAGAAGUGUGUGAGUCCUGAUGCUGUGAAGACUGCCAUGGAUAAACUUGUCAACAAGACUAAAGAUAGUAUUAAGGCAGUCAUUGAAAUGUUCAAGAAACCAACGUCAGGAGAUUAUAGUUGGCAGGAACAGAAUGAACUCAGUCAAGCCUACCACUUACAUACUGGCUUAGAGAACAUUAAAGUUAGCACAGUUAGUUUAGACCUGAAUGCUUCAAACCAGGCUGAUGUGAAUGCCAAAUUACUAGUUGGAGCUAAGCAGGCAUCUGCUGCCCAUCCAGAGUACCAGGAAAUAUAUGCUGCAGUGUUUUCCUAUAUAACAUCAGAUGCCAUUACUACCAUGUUAAAGGAUGGAAUAGUGUCCAUUAAGUCGUCAGUCAAGGCCAACAGACGUAUGCUGAACAUUCUAGAAUACUUUGGAAGAGCCAAAUGCUUAGAACUAACCAAUCAGGAUAGUGCUGUGGCCUCAGUACAGUGCAUGGAGAAUCUGUUAUCUACUGCUUUUGAUAGUAACCAUGGAAACAAUGAUGGUUCAACUUCUCUGGUCAGCAAAGGAACGCCUAUGUAUGUCAGAGAUGAAAUGGUGAAGACUCUCACGAAAGUCUUCAAUGGGGAUACAGAGCAAGGAACAAAUGGUGCGGCCUUGUACUCUGAACUAGGGCUGAGUUGUUCAUUGACAUCCACAUCCAAUGUACUGCUAAGUCAGCUUACUGACACUGUACCCCCAGAGGUGGAUGUGAUCAGGAAGACUGACAAUAAGGAUAUCAUCUUCGCCCAGAACAUGUUUGAAUUUACUCACCCGGCGUCAAACAGUGUGCUUCAUCGAGUGGUUAACAUGGCUUCACAAAUUCGUAAACCUCUCUUCAUUUGGCAGACAGGCUGUGUACAACAGGAGGGUUUGGUGGAAAUUAUACUGGAAAUACAGCAUAAUACUGAUGGAAGUAAACUACUAGUAAAGGGUCAAACUCCACAGGAAAGCUCCCAGUUCACAGACAAGUCCAAGAUUGUAGUGGACCGGGCCAAUAUCCGACUCUGGCAGCUCGUGGAACAGUACAGUCAACUGGCUAGGAAAGUCAUUAAACAGAUGGGUCUGUUUGCCAAGGUCGAACCAAAAGGCACUAACCCUAAACCAAGUAAUGUGUUUGCCUGUAUCUCUGAUCACAAAAUGCCGGUUCCGAACAAAGGGGAGGAAAAGUCAUCAUCGCAGGCACAGCUGUGUGAGAUGUGUGGAAUCACUGUGAACCAAUACCUCCUACAAACGAGAAUACAGAGAGAACUUACAGCUAGUUUUCUGACUGAUAGUAAACUGCAGCUACCAAAAGAUACAGAGAAAGUCAAGCAGAAUGGAAACUGCAUUAGUUUCCUACCUGGAAAGGAAAGCUCUGAUGUUACAUUCAGGUCCAGCAUGACUCCUUAUGAACAGAACUUAUGGAAGGUGACUUUCCUUGAAGGAAAUCCUUCCAAUGUGUCUAUCUUCUUAAUGCUAGGAGGAGAGGGAGAGAUGUGUUACAACAUAGAUCUGAAAACCAAGGUACUGGUAGCUAGUUCUGCCUCAGAGAAAAAGGUUUUGGUGAACCUGCCAGCCGUGGAGCUCGGGGAGACAAUAGCUCUCCAGUUGAGUCCUGGGCCCAGUCUCGAGGGACAGCCUCUCUACUCAUUUAGCUUCAUUAUACAGGAGCAACUGAUCAUGGCUAUCAGUAUUCCAGCAAGGAAAGUAAAAGUGAAGUUAACUGGGUCUCAUGUAUCUGAUUCAAGUACAACAGUGAUGGUUCACGGCCUUCUUCCAACGCCUUCAAAGUCAACAGAAGUCGUUGAAGGAAUGCGACUUGAAGCAUUGGACCGCCUGAAUCCCUCACUUGUUUGUGCUGCAACUGUAUCAAAAAUUAGUGAAACAGAUGGCCGUUUAUUGAUCCAUUUUGAUGGCUGGACAAAAAGAUAUGACUAUUGGACUGAACCGGAAUCCAAGGAUCUCCAUCCUAUUGGCUACAUGGCUUUAAAUGCUAAUUCACCCAACCACAACUAUACUACAGAAUUGCAGAAACCCAAAGGAAGGCCUCAGGAAUUUGAGUGGUAUGAUUACCUACAGGAAAUUGGACAGCUCCCUAUUCCAUACGAAUUCUUUAAUGAGGCUCAAUGUGAGGGAACCCAACCGGAUGUUGAAAAUGACGUCCUCCAGAAGCUUGGAUAUGCUUCAGAUAUUGGCAAUCAGGAAGUGAUGUCAUGUACUUCUUCCAAAGACACUGUGAGACGUUUGGAAUUUGUUGCUAUGAAGAAAUGUACACUAACACCUGCUGUUGUUGACUUCUUCAACAACAAAUUCAAGUUUUUCUGUCUGCUGCCCGCCAGUCUAAGUGAGACCAUGUUGAUGUAUCCUUCUCUACAGCAGAUCGUCAACAAAACAGAUCAGAUGAUCCACCUUCUGUGUCCUGGCAACAGAAUGGAGCUUCUCCACUUUGUUGAUCAUGAAGGACUGAGCCUUGUCAAACACAGCAAAGAUACACAGAUGAGCCAUGUAGCUUCCUACCUGGCUAACUGUUAUGUCGGUCUACUUAUCCAAAAGGAAAUUUUACCAAACCCUCCAAUGAAAAUAAUCAAAGGUGUUCAAGGGGCUCUCACACCUGACGUGCUUGAUUUGACGGAGACGAGACUGCGUCGCAUUUUCUACAUCUAUCUGUUGUGGCUUAGUCAAGUUGAACAGCUGAACAAGGAACUAGGCCUGACAGUGGACAUCCACAUGACCAUUCUCACAAACAUCCAGGGAGACAAAACAGCCUGUUCAGAACUCAGCAAAGUGUUUGAUCUCUCGCAUGGAUUUAAAACAACAGGCAUCAACAGCUGUUUGGCACAUGGCCUGGCGCUCUCAGCUGGGCAAGACAUGAAGUCUAUCACCGUGGACAGAUUUCAGAUGAUGUAUCAGUUCUUACAGAAGCUUGACUUCAGAAAGAAUGGGCUCAAAGAACUCCCAGCUGACUUUCUGGGGAAAUUCGUAAAAAUGGAAGAACUAGAUUUGAGCGAAAAUCAUCUUCAAAAGUUACCCGGAGGAUUUGACAGGACAAUCUGGUUAUCGCACCUCAACAUCAGUAAAAAUCAAAUCACGCAACUUCCGGAAGAUCUUUCAUCCCUCAAGGAUGUUUUGACUUUCCUGGACAUUUCUGACAAUCCAUUCAAAGAAAUUCCUAAAGUAGUAUGGAGUCUCCUGUCCCUGAAAUCCCUCCAUGCUGACAACAUUGGGAAGAUUGGAGACCUUGAACCCAUCGUUCAUAUGAAGGAGUUGACAGAGCUCUCCUUGGCAUCCAAUUUGAUUUCCGCAAUCCCAGAAUCCUUUGGGCAGCUGGCUUUGACUUACCUCAACCUUUCUGGAAUUCCCUGGUUUCCAGAUCUUGUGUCAGGAAAAUCCCGACCAACUUUCCAGACAUUUAAGACCAUAUUGAACCAGUACACAGUAUUUGGGGCUAUGCUUGAUGAAAAGGAACAGUUUGAGUUGUUCAGUAAGGUGGAUAAAGAUGCCUCGGGGACUCUGGAGAAGGAAGAACUACUGGAAAUGAAUACUCUCUUGUUCAGCAUGUAUCCAAGGUUUGGUAUCAAGGACCUCGCCUAUACUGCAACUGGAGGAGUCCCUGGUGUGAUUUUUAAUCUAACCAGUCUGGAGCGAUUGGAGUUGUCUUUCCAUGGAUUGAAACAGAUUCCAGAUGAGAUGAAGAGUUUAAAAGCUCUGACAAGUCUGGAUGUGUCCAACAACCCCUACCUAGAAAGCCUCAGUAGCAGUGUGGGUGAACUCCCAAUGAAAGAAAUCAACCUGAAGUACUGUCCCACUUUGAAGACUCCACCCAAAGAAGUUGUGGCACGAGGGUUUAAUGCAGUGUUUGGAUACCUAAAACGUCUGUUGUCUGGCUCUGUCCAAUGUAGGCGUACCAAGCUGAUGAUGGUGGGGCUUGGUGGAGCAGGGAAAACAAGUCUUGUACGCACAUUAAUUGCGUCCCGACAUACAUAUUACCAGGACUACGGCGAACAAAUCACAGACGGUAUCAGCAUCACAGACUGGACAGUGAAAACUAAAAACAAGGACGAAUCUUUGACCUUCAAUGUGUGGGACUUCGCAGGACAAACUGUCUAUUACAACACUCACCAGUUUUUCCUGUCUAACCGUGCUGUGUAUUUGCUCCUGUGGAACAUCCGACUUGGAUAUGAGCAUGCAGGAUUGGAUUUCUGGCUAAACUCUGUGGUCUGUCAUGCUCCCAAAGCUCCAAUCAUCAUUGUAGGGACACAUUGUGACAAGGUUGAGAAAUCCAAGAUUCCACAAGAUGAAUUAAAGCGGAAAUACCCUCAAAUUGCUCAUUUCUUCUUUGUCAGCUCCUACACAGGGGAGGGUAUUCAUGAUUUGAAAGAUUUCCUUGUAAACUUGACCCUGCAGCAGAAGUAUAUGGGAGAAAGGAUACCUGAGGCCUGGCUGACGCUGGAGCAAAGAGUUAUCCAGAAAAGGAAGGAAGAACAGUUGGAUUUAAUCAAGUGGAAAGGAGUGGAAGAUAUUGCCUCAGCAUGUGGCAUCGUGGAUGGACAGGAGCUUGUUCAAGCUGUGCAGUUCCUUCAUGAUCUCGGCUCACUCCAGUUCUUCAACACCGAGUUUCUGCGUGGCCAUGUCGUCAUAUAUCCCCAGUGGAUUGUAGAUGUCAUGGCGUGUAUUGUGACUGUCCAUGCAGGACCAACACAGGAAGGGAAGCUCUACCACAAGGACAUGGCUGUCGUCUGGAAUGCAUACCCCGCAGAGGUUCACCCAUGGCUGUUAAGACUUACGGAGGAAUUUGAUUUGACGUUUCCUCUCGUAGAUGAACCAGCCAAUCUUGUUCCAUGUCUGCUGCCAAACACUGAACAAAAGUACAACUGGCCUACUAUCGAGGAAGGCUCUGAUGUGAAGGAGGGGAAAAUGAUUUACAGCUUUGAGUACCUGCCAGCUGGCCUCUUCAAUAGAGCCCAGGUGAGACUGCAUCAAUUUGCUGAGAAAGGAAUUCUCUGGAAGAAAGGCAUGUUCCUGAAGAAGAACAACCAUAUUGCUGUGGUUCUUCAGGACAGUUCUGGAAGUGUCCUUGUCAAGGCUCAAGGUUUCCGCCCAGAGAACAUGAUCUUCCUGGUCCAUGAGGUGUUUGAGACGCUGAUCACGGAUGCCUACAGUGGUGUACAGUAUGACUUUCAAAUCCCCUGUAUGGAGUGUCAGAACAUGCACCUCAGUGAGCCGAGUAUGUUCUCCGCUGUGAAGAUACACAGAGCCGCGGAACUCAAGGCUCCAUUUCUACAGUGUGACAAUCUGUUCCAUGUGUUGUCCAUCUCAGAACUGCAGAACGGCCUGCCACCAGACAAAAAUGUUGAUCUUGACAAUCACUUACGACGAAGUGUCCAAGAGCUACAUGACCUUGGGGAAGGGGUCAAGGUCAAUAUGGUUUUUGUCUACAGUAAGAGAAAUGUCCCAUCCCUGCAGGAUGAGGGCAAAUGUGUCCAUCCAGGCACUAUUAUGGAGGACUUGAGAGGAGCUGGAUACAACGUGGCUUUCUGUGAUAACCCGGAGACAGCAGAUAUGUCGGCCCUCACUCUCACCAUGAAGACAGCCAAGGUGGUAUUGAUUGGAAUAUCUGAUGAGCUGUGUGAAACGGAGGCUUGUCGUAACAUCAUCAUUUUUGUGAAGGAAACCCUGCGUAAACCUAUUGUACUUGUGGUUCUUGGCAAAGGAAUGAAGUGGAAAGAAUCCAACAUUUACAUCACCUUGAACGAUGAGGUCUACGUCAAAAUGCAGGACCCCAAAGUCUACAAAUCCAAGUUUGCAGAACUGAAAGAUGCUAUACAGAAAAAAGUUUCCAAAAAAUCAGUGGUUGAAGAUCAGCCGGUAUGUUUUGUCAGUUACUGCUGGUCAAACUCCCAUGAUGCAAUUAGCAAGGGCAGCCGCAAGAAGGAAGGUGCACUUGGUUGGGGUGAUCCAAGGAAAGUCAAGAACUUCCUGGAGAGUAAAGGAAUAUCCUGCUGGCUGGAUAUUGAACGCGUCGGAGGGGGUGGUUUGUUUGAAGACAUUGCUGGUGGAUUGAGGAAGGCCCAAGUUGUAGUGGCUUGUGUAUCAGAUGAGUAUGCCAAUUCAACCAACUGCCAGAUGGAGUUCCGCUUCGCUUUGUGCCAGCUCCGUCUGCCAAUUAUACUUGCAGUGGUUGGUACAGGCUACCAGUGGGAGAGGUCAGAGAUUGGUAUGCUUGCCGUUGGCCACCAGAGCGUAAAAGUAAACUUCCAGCUUGAAACAAGUGAAGCUUAUGAUAUGUUGUUAAAGGAGGUCAAGUCCAAGGUCAAGAUCAAUACAAAUGAAGAUGAGGCCAAGAAAGGAGAGGACCAACAGAAAGUGGCUUUCCAGGAGGUACUGGAGUUAUCCCAGCGACAGUUCCUCAGACAUCUUGUGGGUUACGCUGAAGCCAUGUACAGUGGCCAUUACCCUCGCCUAAUUGUUCUGGACUUGGUGGAGCAAGAAGCACCAUCCAUAGAAGAGAAAAAAGUUGAAGAAAAGCUGACGGACGAACAAAGAAAAGAGCUUGAAGCUAAAGACAAGGAAAAACAAGCAAAAAUGGCCAAAUUGAAGGCAGCAUUGAAGGCAGCUGCAAAAGACAAAGACGCAGAGGAAAAAUCAGCAGCAGAGAAAAAAGAGGAAGAGGAUGAUGAGGAGGAAGAAGAAGAGGAAAGGACAAAAUGGAAAUCCAAAUACUGCUACAGGCUACUUUGUGAACACGAGGAGGGUUGGCAUACGGUGGACUCAACCAUCCCAUCUCCAGAACAUGACGGAAAAGAGGAAGAAGAACAAUGGCUGAACUCCAUGGCCCCCUACAUGGCACGAAUGUUUGCCAUCCUCAAAUACUCGAGCAUUAAUAUGGCUAGUUUGAACACGCCAGAGGGUCAGACUCUACAAGCCAAGCUGCAGACGAUUGCCACAGAUCUCAACAAGAAUGAGUUCCAGGAUGAAUAUGUAGAGGUCAGAGCCAGUGUGAUGGACAUGGAUAAGGAAAAGAUUGCAGGAUGCCUUAAGAGAUGUCAUAUGCUGAAUGGAAAGACACUUUGGCUUUGUGACAAACACCGCGGCCAAAGUGGCAGUAAGACGGAAAAACUGUAUCAACAGCUCUUGAUGCCACACGAAGACCCAGGCAAAGCUGUGUUGACCCAACCAGAGUCUGAGCAAACUUCAGGUCAAACAACUAGUCGCAAGGAGCCAAAAGAACCAACGAAGCCAAAACUAUUCCGCAUGAGGGAGACGGGUGGUUCCAAGUCGGGCAAAUUGAAGAGUCAAACAAGUCAAGCAUGUAGUGUAAUGUAAAAGUGGAAAUCGAUACCCAAACAUUGCUUCUUGUUGUGAAUUAUCAAAAACUCUUUUGAAUCAAAAUUAUCUGCUUCUGAGUUAAGACAAUUGACGAAUGAUUUGUUAGUGUAUGCAUGUAUCUAGAUUCUGUAGAUAUUACAACUUUAAUCAAAUAGCAGUUGAGACUGAUGAUAAGUACUUAGCAUUUUGUAUGAAAUUUUAUCAUAUUUAAUUACUGCUACAAGGAGCCAAUGCCUUCUAAUUGAGAUUAAUAUUUUGCAUUUGCAUAAUACUUAAUCCAGGCUGGGUUCAUCAUAUCACGGGGAUAUACUAACUAAUUAUAAUUCAUCAUUGUAUACCCAUUUUUAUGUAUUAAUCAUCCCCUGUGAUCAUCAUCUCAUUUAAACAUAUGUUUAAGUAAAUACAUGGAUAGACUACAGUUAGGCUUUUCCAUGUUGUAUGUUAAUAUAUACACUUGUAUGAUAUAUAUACAUGUACGCACUUACUUUCUUCUGCUUGUCUUCUGAUCUUGUUUCUCUAACAAAACAAAAUAUGCUUGUUUUUUGCCUGAGACAUCGAUACACAUGUCUAUACUAUCGCUUACAAUAUAUAGUGUACUAUUGUACUAUUGCUUAUAGUAUAUAUAGGGUACUAUCAUACUACUACUUAUAGUAUAUAUAGGGUACUAUCGUACUACUGCUUAUAGUAUAUAUAGGGUACCGGUAAUAUCGUACUACUUAUAGUAUAUAUAGGGUAAUAUUAUA